GAGUCGCACAGUUUCUGUUGUCGUAUGAACAUAUUGACUAUACUACUAAAGUCUUGUGGCAAAUAAUUUUCUGUUAGAGUGGAAAAAAGUGUCUCAGCUGCUUGAUAGUUGAGGUUGAAGAGUAAAUUAAGUGAUCACUGCUAGUGUCGAAAGGUCAUAAUGAAUUAAUUAAAUAAUCUUUCAAGAGAUUACCAGACCAGUGAAAGUGUGAACUUUAAUCCUUUUGUAAACAAAACAAAAUAACAAAAAUGCCAAGACGGAAAAGAUGUGCAUCACCGUCAUUUGAUGAUUAUGAUGAAGAAUACGAUGACGAGCUCAGCUCGAACGGUUCAAGGAAUCAACAGCCACCGAUUCAACGGAAUGCGGCUAAUGCAAGGGAACGAGCCCGAAUGCGUGUACUGUCGAGUGCAUUUUGUCGAUUGAAAACGAAAUUGCCAUGGGUGCCGGCCGACACGAAAUUAUCGAAAUUGGAUACGUUGCGAUUAGCCACAAUAUACAUUCAGCAAUUACGGGCGAGUUUGUCGAAGGAAGAGACGGAUGACGAAAUUUUCUGCCAAGCCAAUGCUCAGAGUUUGGUUUGGCCUUUCAGUUUUCAACAGCACAUCGACAACAAACAAUUGGCAACGGUCAGUUUGAAUCAGUGGCUCAACCGUGGUGACACCAACGAUAUUUAUUUGCAUACACAAACAUCAUCGACGAAAAACUUAAAUAAUUUUAUGAGCAACAAUGCGUCAACACAUUUAUAGCGAAACGUGAGCUCGUUCCUGUUUAAAAGAAUUAAAUUAUCGAGCGUCACAACUAUCUGGAAGAUAAUAUAUUUCGUUAAUUAAUCAUGUUAGGCUAGGCGUAAGGACAUUGUGACCAAAUCGAAUUAAAUGUAAGAGAAUUUUCACUACACCACUGGCAAAAUAACAAAUCGCAAGAAGUCAUGGCAGAGUGAAAUAAACCAGGCAUGAGCGGUCCAUUUUCGAAACGUCAAAUAAGGGACCUAAUACACUGUAUGAAAACGAUCUCAAAUGAACACUGACAUAAAUUGAAAAAUUUUAAUCGCAAAAAAUAUAGGGCUUCUAGAUUAUUCAG